CUGCUUCAACCACGUCUCCCGCUGUAGCCCGCUGGCACUGAGAGGCCUCAGAUUUGUGGAUUACUGGAUGGAAAUGUCUGACACAGUCAAACCUCUGACUUCCUUCCUCAUAGAGGACAUUCUCUCCAUUAAGGACAGCUCAGGAUUUAAUGGCAAAUGCUGUUCAGAGAAGAUAGAGAGAUGUUCACAGUGGAAUGAAGAAUCUGAAAUGCUGUCAGAGCAACUCUGCCCUCAGGAGACAGCGUUUGGAGUGCACACAGAGUCUCUGGACACAUCCUGUCCCAGCAUCUCAGAGUCCAGCAGUUAUUCCUCCACAGGGAAACAGAAGCGCUCCAGAGCUGCGUUUACACACUUCCAAGUGCUUGAACUGGAGAAGAAAUUUAACCACCAGAAAUACCUCUCCGCCCCAGAGAGGGCUCACCUGGCCAGCACCUUAAGACUCACUGAGACCCAAGUGAAAAUCUGGUUUCAGAACCGGAGGUACAAGACAAAACGAAAGCAGCAGACAUCAGAGUUCUGUAAGGACGUGUACAAAGCAGAGGGACUGGGCCUGAGAGGAGAUUUGGUCCGAUCAUCACUAAUAAACUCCUUCUGCAAAGCUUACCAGUACAGACCCUACCUGUGGGACUACAGUGGCCCCUGGGGGCCAGCGUUAUGGUGAAACUGAAAUGAUGUAUGAAACUAUGAUUUAUAAUCAUAAACCUAUGUUUAGUAUCCCUGAUAUUUAGGCUCUAUGUUCACUAUCAAAGUUAAUUAUUUGUUAUUUGACGUUGAUUUUGAACUCAUCACCAGUGUAUGAUCAGAAAUAAUUUUGUUCAUGAAUACAUCCUGUAAUUGUUCUCAUGCCUCAAGAUAAAAUACACUGAUGUUGCACAAUGAAACAUUUUAUCACUGAAGCACUGUUGAUUAAUUCAUUAAUAAAUGAAUGUUGAUACAUUUAAA